AUGCCGGCUCCCCACCCCGGCAGCGGCGUCCCCGGGACCCGGCUCGUCCCCGGCGCGCGCGGCCGGCUGGACCCCGCCCCCGACGCCGUCUACCGGCCCCCCGACGCUGCCUCUGCACCUCGGGCGCCGCCUCCCCGCCCCCGGAGGCCGCGCCCGCGGCCCGGCUCACGGCUCCCGACGCCGGCUCCCCGCCCCGGCAGCGGUGUCCCCGGGGCCCGGCUCAUCCCGGGCGCCCGCGGCCGGCUGGACCCCGCCCCCGACGCCGUCUACCGGCCCCGGCGCUGCCUUCGCUCCUCGGGCGCCGCCCGCGCCGCUUCCCCGCCCCCGGAGGCCGCGCCCGCAGCCCGGCUCAUGGCUCCUGACGCCGGCUCCCCGCCCCGGCAGCAGCGUCCCCGGGGCCCGGCUCUUCCCCGGCGCAUUGUUAGCUGA